AUGAGUAUCCAGAAUGGGCGUUCUGUUCGGUUCUGGACCGACAUAUGGCUUCUGCAAGGUAGACUGAUUGACGUAAUGGGUGAGAUCGGAACUCAGAAAUUAGGAGUUGUGAGGAACGCAAGGAUUUGUGAUGUAUUUGUUGAUGGAGAUUGGUGGUUUCGCAGGUGUCGUGAUCGUAUCUUUCAGGAGUUAGUUCAUGAUAUCAAAGACUUCCCCUUGCAACUGGUGGAGAAUGUCUCGGAUGAGGCUCUUUGGUGGAGUGGUGAAGGCUCAUUUGACGUUAAAUUCAUCUCCAGCACUACGUGGGAUCUGAUUCGGAAACGGGGAGACAGUGUUGAUUGGAGCAGGCUGGUCUGGUUCCCUCAGGGUGUCCCACGGUUUGCUUUUAUCCCCUGGUUAGCUAUCAGAGAUAGGCUUCCUACUGGCCAUCAUACAAGCCAAUGGGGCCAACCUCAAGGCUGUCUAUUUUGUGGAGAACCAGAUGAGACAAGGGAUCACUUGUAUUUUUCUUGUCCAUACACAUUUACAUUAUGGAUUCGCGUGGUCGGGAACCUAUUUGGAAGAGAUCUUGAUCGUGAUUGGGAAACUACCAUGUUGUGGCUCUUGACAGGAUCCUACGACAGCCUCACAUAUAUUCUUCUGAGGUUGGUGCUACAGGUAUCUAUCUAUUACAUCUGGCGCGAGCGAAAUGAGAGGAAGUACAACGGUCUGGCAAAGCCUGUUGAUCAUCUGGCCCGGUUGAUCGACAAGACAGUUAGAAACCGGAUCACAUCUACUGGGUACUCGAGGAAACCGAAGCUACAAGGUCUUAUGAGGCGUUGGUUCGAAGUACAUACCACUUAA